UGUUUUGCUUUGGCAGUGUUUUGGUGAGAGGGCCUUGAGGGCCUAAAUUGGUAGUGUAACCAAGCAACCGGUAAGUUGAUAUUCAAAAGCUUGGAUGCCUGGGAUUUAUCAGAUAAAAGAACGCUGAUCAUCUUUAAAACCAACCAGGAGAAGAAACAGAGGCACAGCAGUGGCUACACAGGAGACGGACACAAACUGUAGCCAGGCUAGAGGCAGACUACUCUGGGGCAGUCCAGGAUGAGAGCGGUGAGUAUUAUCCUUUUCCUACAUAAUGACAAUUCUAUAAAUAGGGGGAACUUUUUGUCUGUAUGUCUAAUUAACUGGAGGGAAUUGUUUUCUCUCUGUGGAAGAAGAAGUGUCAAGAGGGAUAUUCUUGAAAAGAGGCCUAUAACAGAAUAAGAAAUAUAAUUGAAAUUUGUACAAUUUUAAACAUAAAAAAUAAUUAAAAUCUGUAUUAUACAAUGUUACAGCAAAAAAAACUUCUAGAGGGGAUGAUGACGAGAACAAAGCUGACCAAGUUUCUUCAAUAUAUAAAGAAACAACAGCAUUAGUACAUUCUGAUAAAAUGACAAACACCUCAGCCUUCCCUCUGGUUUCAGAAGGUUCUAAUACAAUAUCGUUGAUGUCUAAUUUAAUAACUCUAGCCUUGGUAAGACAUCUGGAACUGUUCAUGCAAUAGUACAACUGGUCAACUUGAAAAGCUUUCCGUGGGUGUGUUAUGGUGACCUUGUUACCGUGUUCACAUGUUGUACCAACCCCAUAGGGCAAGGACAGGAGAAAUAUUAAAAAGGGGAUGAAAAGAGAGCAAGGGUUGUCACGGAGUUUAAUGCUUCCCUAUUUUGUUUUGACAAUUUGAAUCCCCCUGUCUACGUCCCAAAUGGCACCCUAUUCCCUAUUUAGUGCACUACUUUUAACCAGGACCUAUAGGGCUCUGGUAUUAAAAAAAAGUGUACACUACAUAGGGAAUAGGGUGUAAUUUGGUUCUGGAAAUUCAGGGUGAUUCAAUACAUAUACAGUAGUCUCUUAGAAGCCUUUUUUCUUCGGCUGUCCCAAUAGAUAAGCGACACCUACUUCGGUGAGGUGCAAACCAGUGGGACAUGAUUUACUUUUAAAAUAUUUAACCAGGUAGUCUCCUUGAAGUAAGUCAGAAGACCUUUUCCCUGGGGAGAUAAUACUUGGAAGGAGAAUAAUUAAUAGCAGAGUGCUCCAGCUGUCAUCAUAACACAGCAGCCUCCAGACCUCCUCACUGUAAUGGCUACCAGUAUAGUGGACGACACUAGCAUGUCUGAAGCCCUGCUGCUGCUGCUGCUGCUCUCUCUCCUGCUCAUCACGACCUGGUGCCUCACUAAUACCUCACACAUACCAGGUCCUUUCUUCUGGGCUGGUCUGGGUCCAAUCCUGUCCUACUCUAGGUUCAUCUGGAGCGGGAUAGGAACAGCCUGUAAUUACUACAACAAGAGAUAUGGGAGUAUGGUUCGGGUCUGGAUCAACGGAGAAGAGACUCUCAUUCUUAGCAAGUCCUCUGCUGUCUACCAUGUCCUGAAGAGUGCCCACUACACAGCCCGGUUCGCCAGUAAACAGGGACUGCAGUGUAUCGGGAUGGAUGGGAGAGGUAUCAUCUUCAACAGCGACAUCCCACUCUGGAAAAAAGUGAGGACAUAUUUUGUGAAAGCUCUGACAGGGCCUGGUCUGCAGAGGACAGUGGGGAUCUGUGUGAGUGCUACAGACAGGCACCUGGAGCGUCUGCAGGAGAUGACUGACCCCUCUGGACACGUAGAUGUUCUCAACCUGCUGAGAUGCAUCGUAGUGGACAUUUCUAACAAACUGUUCCUCAGGGUGCCUCUCAACGAGAAAGAGCUGCUAUUGAAGAUUCAACACUACUUUGACACCUGGCAAACGGUUCUGAUCAAGCCUGAUAUCUUCUUCAAAUGUGGAUGGAUGUACAAGAGGCACCAACAAGCAGCCAAGGAUCUACAGGACGUGAUGGAAAGCCUUAUUGAAACCAAAAGAAGAAUUAUCAGUGAAUCUGAAAAACUGGAUGAUGAUAUUGACUUCACCUCAGAACUCAUCUUUGCCCAGAACCAUGGAGAGCUGUCGGCGGACGACGUGAGACAGUGUGUGUUGGAGAUGGUGAUAGCAGCCCCAGACACUCUGUCCAUCAGUCUGUUCUUCAUGCUCAUGCUGCUGAAGCAGAACCCUGAGGUGGAGAUGAGGAUUGUAGAGGAGAUCAGCACUCUCAUAGGAGAGAAGGAUGUAAUGACAGUUGACUUCCAGAACUUCAGAGUGCUGCAGAGUUUUAUCAAUGAGUCCAUGAGGUUCCAUCCUGUGGUAGACUUCACCAUGAGGAAGGCGCUGGAAGAUGACAUCAUUGAUGGGACUAAGGUUUCCAAGGGAACCAACAUCAUCCUCAACAUAGGGCUCAUGCACAAAACUGAGUUCUUCCCCAAACCCAACGAAUUCAGCUUGGAAAACUUUGAUAAAACUGUGCCCAGUCGUUUUUUCCAGCCGUUCGGCUGUGGCCCCCGCUCCUGUGUGGGUAAACACAUCGCCAUGAUGAUGAUGAAGGCUGUCCUGGUGACGCUGUUGUCGCGGUACACGGUGUGUCCUCGUCAUGGCAACACACUGAGCAGCAUCAGGCAGACAAACAACCUGUCACAGCAACCCGUGGAGGAUGAACACAGUCUGGCAAUGAGGUUCAUACCAAGACAGAUGACCACAACAUAACCACAACCACUACUGACCACAACCACUACUGACCACAAUCACUACUGACCACAACCACUACUGACCACAACCACUACUGACCACAAUCACUACUGACCACAAUCACUACUGACCACAACCACUACUGACAACAACCACCACUGACAACAACCACCACUGACCACAAUCACUACUGACCACAAUCACUACUGACCACAAUCACUACUGACAACAACCACUACUGACCACCACCACAAUCACUACUGACCCCUACAACAAAUAUAACCUGUCACAGCAACCUGUUGAGAAUAAACAUGAACACAGCCUGACCAUGAGGCUCACACCCAGAAUGACAAGCAGCCUCUACUGACCACAACCUGCCGCCACUGACCACAACCAGCCACCACUGACCACAACCAGCCUCCAAUGACCACAACCAGCCUCCACUGACCACAACCAGCCACCAGCCACCACUG